AUGGCUACUGGGAUCGAAGCAGCCAGUCUCGUUCUGGCCCUUCUGCCAUUGCUGGUGAACCAGAUCGACAACUAUAUCCAAGGGUUCCAGAGAAUGACAUGUUUUAAACCGGAGAAUUACUGGAGAGAAAUGGAAAGCUACCGCAGCAUCUUGGAAACCGAAAGGGCAAUUUUGCUUAAUACACUGCUGAUCGCCGUGGACGGAGACACUCACUAUGAAUAUGGCGAUUGGACCCGCGAUCCCGGUUCGGCAUUCUGGACAAGCCAGGACGUAUGGCAAAAGCUUAGACAGAAGCUCGGAAGUAGUUACGAGCCAUUUACGAGCACAAUAAAUGUGCUAUCAGACCAGCUAAAAAACCUAUCCCAGAAGUUGGGCUUGAGUGUUGACAGUACUGGCAGAAUAGAUCUCAAGAAAGUCCGCCGUAUCUUCCUACAUCCCGUUUACAAGGAUUUGAUCCACCAGGUUGAGUCUAACAACCGCCGUCUACAGACAUUGGUGACGCAAUGCAAUCAGAUUCGGCAGAUAAACGCAGGAAGGGCCGUACUCCCAGUAUCGCCAGAGCAACAUCAAAUAGGCCGUCGAUUAGCAAGCAGCCUGUAUAAUGCGAUCAUUAACGGGGAUUAUUGGCGGUGUCCCUGCAAGUCUCAGCACAGAAUUUACUUUACGUUUGACUCCUCGAAAUCCCCAUGGACUAGUGACCCGUCAAGCGAACAGAAAACUAAAUCUCGAAUGGCCAUCAAAUUUAAAUUGGGCGUCAUGACUUUGGGGACCCCAAAUCGCUGGCAUGAAAUCCAGGCUGAGCCAGAAAUUCAUAGUCUCUCGCAGGGACUAUGUCGUGAUAUCCAUAUUACGUCAAGCCAACAAGGGUUGCCUAUUGAUGAAAACAUACCCAAUAUCAGAUUUCCCCAAGGGGUUUCAGGUACCCAACAAGGGACCGUCAUUGGGGCCGAAAACCUGCCCACCGCAGUUCAGAUCGCCAAUAUGUGCAUUUCACUGUCGGCCAUCGGUAUCAACGAGGGCAGACGGAUGCUUCUCGGAUACGUGACCGACACAAAGCACAAACAUAAUAUAUACCAUCUGCGAAGCAAUACAGAGAGCGUACGGAACAUGCAGUCACAAACUCUUGAAGAGAUACUUGCAAUAUUGGCCUCGUCUUCUGAAAUUACUGGUCGAGAAACCCUUCCGAUUGUCAAGCGCUUACGAAUCGCGGUGGAUCUUGCAUGUGCGGUUUUCCAGUUUGACGGGAGUUGGCUCAGAAGACAGUGGCGAGCCCGAGACAUCAAGGUCUCUCAAGAUUCAGGCGACUCGACACCCAAAACCUAUGUUGAAUGGGACCUGAAUAACGAGCCCAGACGGCUGCAUGUUAGUCAGGUACCGGCAGGCGAACCUUUCAUCCAUUUAGGGUUCGUACUGGUGGAGCUUUCUCAGGGUAAGACCCUGGAGGCGUUACAGACACUGGAAGAUCAUGAUCAAGUGCAGGUUGUGGCUAAUCGCAACACGGCACUCCGUCUUCUACCACUUGUGGAGGCGCACAUCGGGUUUGGAUAUCGCCAAGUGGUAGAUCAAUGCCUGAAUUGGCCGAACUGUACAGUUGACAAUGUUGAUAUCUCCAAGGCAUAUCGGUCGAUUAUUGCGCCAUUAGUGGCAUACUGGAGGCUUUUCGAAGGAGAAAAGCAUCUGAACUGA